UCUAGCCAUCUUGCCUCAGGGCACCAGGCCACAUCCAGCCGCACCCGGAGCCCACAUCCGCCGCGGGGCCGCCCCAGCUCGGUCGUGGGACCAUGCGCUCCUCGCUGCGGCGCACGAUGGCCGGUAGCCAACCGACCAGAGGCGCCGCGGCGGCCGCCUCGAGGGGCUUUUCUGGCGCCAAGGUGGUGCCCAUGUUCCUCGAUGGGAAGGCAGUCCAAUCCGAAGGCACCACGUUUUUCGACGUCCACAAUCCCGCCACGGGGAAGCUGAUCGCCCGCACGCCCCAGUGUACGCCCGAGGAGCUGAAGAAAGCGGCCGACUCGUGCGCAGAGGCGUUCAAGACAUGGAAAACCACGCCGCCAAGCGUCCGCGCUCGGGUGAUGCACAAGUACGAGGGGGCUAUCCGGGAGAUGACCGGGGAGCUCGCGAAGAUGCUCACUGAGGAGCAGGGGAAGACAAUCGCGGACGCGAAGGGGGACAUAUUCAGAGGCCUGGAGGUGGUGGAGAUGUCCACCAGCAUCCCCUCGAUGCUGCAGGGCGAGACGCUGCCCGGGGUGGCCACGGGCGUGGACGUCUACUCCUACCGGCUGCCGCUGGGAGUGUGCGCCGGGGUCGCGCCCUUCAACUUCCCGGCGAUGAUCCCCUUGUGGAUGUUCCCCCCCGCCUGCACGGCCGGCAACGCGUUCCUGCUGAAGCCCUCGGAGCGCGUGCCCCUGACCGCCAUGAUGCUGGCCGAGCUGGCCACCGAGAGCGGCCUGCCGCCAGGGGUUCUCAACGUGGUGCACGGGGCGCACGACACGGUGAACUUCCUCUGCGACAGUGAGCACAUCCGUGCCGUCUCCUUCGUCGGCGGCAACGCCGCGGGGGCCCACAUCCACCAGCGCGCGGGCAAGAACGGCAAGAGGGCGCAGUGCAACCUGGGCGCCAAGAACCACGCGGUGGUGCUGCCGGACGCCGACCCCGAGAGCGUUGUGAACCAGCUGGUCGGCGCAAGCUGCGGCGCAGCAGGCCAGCGGUGCAUGGCUCUCAGCGUGGCAGUGUUCGUGGGCAGCUCCAAGGAGAUCAUCCCAAAGAUCGCCGAGGCCGCCUCCAAUUUGAAGGUCGGCCCAGGCAGCGGGACAUCGGUGGACGUCGGUCCCGUGAUCUCCGCGGCAGCCAAGAGCAAGAUCGAGGGUCUCAUCCAGUCUGGCGUCGACGAGGGCGCGAAGCUACUGCUGGAUGGCCGCAACCCAUCAGUGGCACAGGGCUACGAGAAUGGGUACUUCGUCGGUCCCACUGUCUUCACCGACGUCAAGAAGGGCAUGCAGAUCUACGACCAGGAGAUAUUCGGGCCAGUGCUUUGCUGCGUCCAGGUGGAGACCUACCAGGAGGCGAUCGACUUCGUCAACUCGAACCCGUUUGGCAACGGCACGGCCAUAUUCACGCGCAGCGGGUCUGCCGCGCGGAAGUACGUCCACGAAAUCGAGGCGGGCCAGGUCGGGGUGAACGUGCCCAUACCGGUGCCGCUGCCCAUGUUCUCCUUCACGGGGAACAAGGCCUCGAUCCUGGGAGACUACAACUUCUACGGCAGGGCGGGGGUCAACUUCUUCACGCAGCUGAAGACCGUCACCUCGGCGUGGCGCGACGAGAGCCACGUGGAGAAGCUGAGCACGGCUGGCGUCGGAGCCCAGUAGGACAGGAGCCCCCCCUAGGCGCCUGUGGCUGCAUUUUCGCGCAAGGGCGCUGCUCCCUACAGGCUGUGGGCGCCCGCCGCCGCUGCGUGUAGUGUUGGGGCACGCACGGCCCGCCAUCCGGCGCCGCGCUCCUUCAGGAUCGUUUCCCGAGCGCUCUUCAGUAGAACGCCGCGUCUGCAUCCCUUGUCGAUGCGGCUCCUCUGCGCUGUCUUCCCCUUCUCCCUCGCCGCUUUCUGUGUCCCUUCCCGCCUCCUUCGCCCCGCCGGCCUUGGCCUCCCGCUUGCGCUCUUUCGCCACCGUCUGCUUGCUGCCAUUUCUCCCGCUCCGUCGCCGCGCAGCACGGAGUGCCAGGCGCAGGCGGCGCCGGCGCGAUAGGUCAUCAAUGCCUAUGGUGAUUAUGAGGCCUUUGUCGAGCCCAUCCAUGGGAGUACGGCUGUUAAGUAGACCGUUGUCUUCCGGCGAGCUGCCUGUUUGCGUAGACCCCCGUCCCGUGUAGUUUUCACGGGGUGUGCGAUGCAGCCUUUUUCGCCCGGUGCGAUGGUGUACAUGUAAGGGAUGCGGGCCAUGGUGCCAGCCGUCUCUCCUGGCACAGUGCCCCGCGCCCUUCCUGCGACCUGGGGCGCCGACCCACCCAA